AUUCUCUCUCACACAUCAACAAACAAAAGGAAAAUAAAAAUCGCACGUCUCUCUCUACGAAUCCCGAUUAGGGUUUUUCAGAAUCUUCAGUCUCGCGAUCGAUUCUUCUUUCCUUUGUUUUCUGCUUUCUCGUUAGGAUCCUCUCGAAGCCAUGAUUUCGGAUUCGAUCACCAACGCUUCUGCAACUGCAGCCCCCAGCGCGAGGGAUUUCGGCAAGAAGAAGAGGACCAACAGGUCCGCUAAAUUGAAACAGUGCAAGCUGGAUGCCCGUCGUGAGCAAUGGCUUUCUCAAGUUGCUGCGAAGAAUAAGGGGUUUAAGGGGGAGAUGAACCCCAAUCAAAGAACUGGGUGUGAAAAAUCCGAUGAAAGGGAGAGAGACAACAGUCCGGUGGAGAAUUUGGAUAGGGGGCGUAAGGAAGAGGAUAAUGACGGAACAUUCCAUCAGGAGAGUUUUAUGGAGUCACCUUCCAAUAGCCCUACCAGUAGUAUCCUGGAUGGGACUGAUUUAAGCCAUAGUUUCAGUGGCAGCAGCAGGAGUAGCAGUAGCAGCGGGAGUGGUGGCUUUUGCUCUGGUAAUAUAACCGAGGAGGAAGAUGGAGAUGACGAUGGGUGUUUGGAUGACUGGGAGGCUGUUGCUGAUGCCUUAGCCGCCAAUGACAAGCAUGAGAAAGAAAAUCUUCCCGAGUUGUGCCAAGACCCUGAGACUGUCAGACAACUGGCUUCUCCAAGGGAUUCAAUUAAUGGCUUUGUUCCACACAAUGGUUCAGGUGUGGGUGUUAUGGAUGGAAAGCAAGAUUGUCAGAGGACGGUAUCGGGGAUGCAAAAGAGCAACCGGGCAUGGCGUCCAGAUGAUGAGCUUCGCCCUCAGACCCUGCCUAACUUGUCAAAGCAGCACACUUUUCCAGCCAUGGACAGGCAUUUUAGUACUGUGGCUACACCAUCGUCAUGUCCCAUCUGCUAUGAGGAUCUGGAUUUAACAGAUUCAAACUUUUUGCCAUGUCCAUGUGGUUUCCGGCUCUGCCUUUUCUGUCACAAGACGAUAUGUGACGGGGAUGGACGUUGUCCUGGUUGCAGGAAACCGUAUGAUCAGGAUGCAGUCAAGGCUGAGGCUAGUGUCCAAGGAGGUGGUCUGACAAAUCGGUUGGCUCGUUCGUCUAGCAUGUUUUGCAGGUCAUAGAGAGGAAGUGUCUUUUGGUUCACCGUAUGUCCGUCUCUUUCUUUACCACAUGUGUUGCAUUCGUCAUUAGUCUCAGACUCUGGUUCUCUAGUUUAGAUGUGGGUAUAGGAUUGCCUUUUGGCACCCAGGAACUUGAGCUCUGUUUUUAUGCGAUUGACUCUUCUUCUUCUAAAGCAUGUGGGGAUGUAGAAUGGUGUGUGAAUACAUAAAGUGGUACAGAAAUUCAAAUAAAGUUCGAGUAUGUUAAUUUCUCUAUUUUAAAGACUUUUACUUCUCUGUAAUAUAUAUAAGGUCGCAUUUUUUUCUCUAACUCUUUCCGUUUUCCCUGUUUUAUCUGAUGCAAUACUAUGGACUGCGAGUGCUAUCCCUGAGUGAUUCUUUCUAUCAGCAGCUGGUUCAUGCAAUGAGACAACAUAUUGAAGGUCAAGAGUUCUUGCUGCUUUGGUCUAUUCUCCCAAGCUUCUCAGUUUUGUUACAACUUUUCCAAGUAAACAUGCACUGGAGAACCCAUUUUGAAUGCAAGGGCAUGUUGGAAUAGAAAGAUCCCUUUUAACCUUGCAAAGAUCCUUCAUGGAAGACCCUGCAUCAUUUGCCUCUUUCUAUCAAGUGCUUAAACUGAGGGUUAUCACCAAAGGAGUGAUCAUUAUAUUAAGCAUAUAUUGAGUCAGAAACAUAUAAGUGGUGGUGCUUCUCUUUAAUGUCUUGCCCAGAAAAUAUUUUUUCGAGGUUCAUGCUCGAACCGUCUCUGUCUGUGUCUGUGGCUGUUCGGUCUCCUUUUAUCCCCUGUGUCUUCCUUUGGCUG